CGCAGCGGCCCCGCGAGGAGAAGGAGCCGCCGCCGCAGCAUCAAAGAGACCGAAUUCCCGCGGCCUGGGGGGGAGUCAUGCUUUGCGGUCUGUAAUGUCAGCAGAACAGGAGAAGGAUCCCAUUUCGCUGAAGAGAGUUCGAGGUGGUGAUAGUGGACUGGAUGGGUUAGGAGGACCAGGUGUACAACUAGGAAGCCCAGACAAGAAAAAACGCAAGACAAAUACACAGGGGCCUUCUUUUCCUCCAUUGUCUGAGUAUGCUCCACCACCAAAUCCAAACUCUGACCAUCUAGUGGCUGCUAAUCCAUUUGAUGACAACUAUAAUACUAUUUCCUAUAAACCACUGCCUUCAUCAAAUCCAUAUCUUGGCCCUGGUUAUCCUGGCUUUGGAGGCUAUAGCACAUUCAGAAUGCCACCUCACGUUCCUCCAAGAAUGUCUUCCCCAUACUGUGGUCCUUACUCACUCAGGAAUCAGCCACACCCAUUUCCGCAGAAUCCUUUGGGCAUGGGUUUUAAUCGACCUCAUGCUUUUAACUUUGGGCCACAUGAUAAUUCAAGCUUUGGAAAUCCAUCUUAUAAUAAUGCACUAAGUCAGAAUGUUAACAUGCCUAAUCAACAUUUUCGACAAAAUCCUGCUGAAAACUUCAAUCAGAUUCCUCCACAGAAUGCUAACCAAGUGUCUAACCCUGACUUGGCAUCUAACUUUGUCCCUGGAAAUAACUCAAAUUUUACUUCUCCGUUAGAAUCUAAUCAUUCUUUUAUUCCUCCCCCAAACACUUUCAGUCAAGCAAAAGCACCACCCCAAAAACAAGACUUUAGUCAAGGAGCAACCAAAAACACUAAUCAAAAUUCCUCUGCUCAUCCACCUCACUUAAAUAUGGAUGACACAGUGAAUCAGAGUAAUAUUGAGUUAAAAAAUGUUAAUCGAAACAAUGCAGUAAAUCAAGAGACUAGCCGUUCGAGUACCGCAGAAGCUACAAAUAACAGCCAUGCAAAUGGGACACAGAAUAAGCCACGACAACCUAGAGCUGCCCCAGAUACAUGCGCCACUGAAAAAAGCAAUAAAUCCUCUCUCCACCCAAGCCGUCAUGGCCAUUCUUCUUCUGACCCAGUGUAUCCUUGUGGAAUUUGUACAAACGAAGUGAAUGAUGAUCAGGAUGCCAUCUUGUGUGAAGCCUCUUGUCAGAAGUGGUUUCAUCGGAUCUGCACUGGAAUGACUGAAACCGCUUAUGGUCUCCUGACUGCAGAGGCAUCAGCAGUAUGGGGCUGUGAUACCUGUAUGGCUGACAAGGAUGUCCAGUUGAUGCGUACUCGGGAAACUUUUGGUCCACCUGCAGUGGGCAGUGAUGCUUAAUCACCGGCAUUAACUAAAGGGUUUUUUGGUUUUUUUUUUUCUCCUGUGUCUUACAGAGGUUCAGUGACACAGGAUUUUAAUGUUUUACAUUAUUUUUUUAAAUGCACACACAAAAAGAUUAUUUACCUUUUAGUUUUUAUUAAUAUUCUACUUCAUUACCAGUGCAAAUUUUGUGUUGUCUUUGUUUGCUAUCUUAAAUGAGAAUAAUGUAUAUGGGGGUGCUUUAGAAAGUACUAUACAAAUAAAUGUUAGGUGUUGUUGUUAAUCAUAAAAAAGCCUCUUGAAGCUUCAAAAUAAUAUAUAGCAAAUAUAGGCAAAUUUUGACUUUUAAAAGUUAGAAUCAUUGAAAAAUGUACAUUGCAGAGCUGAACUUUGGCAAUAUUACAUUAAAUGGUUCAAAAAAUUUUUCAAGGAUCUAUUUGAUAUGUUUUCAGAAAAAACUAUGUGUAGUUAUAACAUGGAAGAAAGCAUACAUUUUAAUGGAUGUUUUAAAAAAUAAUAGAUAUGUUACCAGAUUUCUUCCCACUAGGGUCCUUGAAAUUAGUGACGUUCCUAUUUUCAAGUCAGUCUUUUCAAGAUAUGUUUGUACAGAUAUGAGACAGA